UCCGUCAUUUCCUGCUUGUUCAGCUGCAAACGUAGCAAAUACAGCUUAUUGUCUAGUGCGGGGGUCGGCAACCUGCGGCUCCCGAGCCAUUUGUGGCUCUUUCACCUCUGUGCUGCGGCUCCCUGUGGCUUUGGGAAAUAAUUGGUCAGUAUUUAAUUAAAAUGUAUUUUAUGUUAGUUUGUUAGCUUUUGAAAUGUAAUUAUGGUGAUCUUGUACAACCUAAGUGUAGCGACACAUUUCCUGCCACAUCAUAAAACGGCUCACAAUUAGCCAGCAUUCCGGCUAAGGGAGAUAGCCUACGGGGGUUUGUGAGUACGCGUCUUUUGCAGCAUCUGCGUCCAUGGGGGCUGGGUUGAGGGAAGCUGAAAAGCAAGGCUGUUUAGUUCGAAUAAAGCUAUCUUUGACUGCAGUUUACUGACACCGCUACAACGUGUUUUUUAUCGCUGGCUGUCCAGACGGAAGAUGCUGAAACGCUUUGUCGCGUGUCUGGAAGAAGUGAAAACUUUCCUGGGCAGCAAAGGGCUCACCUUUCCUGAGCUGGAACAGCCAGAGUGGCUGGAAAAGCUACACUUCAUGGUAGACAUGACAGCGCACCUGAACACGCUGAACACAGCUCUUCAGGGGAAAGGACGUACAGCCCUGCACAUGUUGGAGGAUGUUUUGGCAUUCGAGCGCAAGUUGACAGUGCUUGCCAGAGAUUUACAGAAAGGCACUUUGUCUCACUUCCCCAAUUUGAGAGAGUUCAAACAAGGUCACGACAUGAUAAUUUCGGAGUAUUUACAUUCUGCAAUCAUCGCAAUGCAAACAUCGUUUGGGAAACGCUUCUGUGAGUUCAGAGAGGAAAAAAACACAUUAUCCUUCCCGGUCACUCCCUUAAGCAUCGAUCCUUCCCUACUGAAUACGACUGCAUUGGCAGGUGUGAGUCAACCUGAUCUUGAGAUGGAACUGGCCGACAUAGCCGACAAAGACAUAUGGGUGUCCAAGUUUAGACGCUUGACAGCAGACCUUGAAGAUGUUGCCCGUCAGAAGGCCGUUCUUGCUCAGAAACACAAAUGGAGUGAUAUUGAAAACCUCACAGAUGACAGCUUGCGAUCCUGUGUAAAGAUGAAGGUGACAUCAUACAGCCCUGAUGUGCAGACGCUGUGCGCUGAGGUCCAGGAGCAGAAAUCCCAUUAACCAAGAUGACAGCUGGCUGACGUUAUUUUUGGUUUGCUGCUGGCGGAAAAUUUAAGUUCGGCGUUUUUCAUAAAUACAAGAAGGACUCAAAUAGACAUUGAAUAUUUUACUUAAAAGUAACUUUCAACCCAACGUCUUUUUUUCGGAGUUCAAAAUGUUUUUGUUGCAUGCAGAAAUGUAAUUUCGUUUUCUCUGCAGGAGUUCAUCAAUUUCAUAAAUGCAACACAUUAUAGUUUGUUUAUACAUAGCAUAAAGGCAAAAAAAACGUUGUAUGCAGUGUUAUUUCAUUUUAAAUGUCAAACGGGUUUUGCGGCUCCCAGUGUUUUCUUUUCUGUGGGAAACGGGUCCAAGUGGCUCUUUCAGUGGUAAAGGUUGCUGACCCCUGGUCUAGUGAGUAGAAUCGAGAGUGUGAGCUUGCAGGGA